UGAAAAUAAAGGAUUGAAAGAUGGCGGCGCUCAUAGAACAGCUAGUGCAGGGUGAUUUGAGGCCCGAUGACUUGCUUCGGUGGCUGGACGGGGUUUCAACAGAUACCAUACCACAGGAGCUGCUUCCCUUCAGGGUGGAGUUUGUGCCGGUGUUCCUGAAUUACCUGCGGGAACAGUCCAGCAGUGUGUUGCAGAGCAGCUCAGAGGUCACCCCCAGCAAGGUGCCCAGCUCUGUGCGAGUCACCAAGUAUGUCUCCCCACGCAAGGCCCCAGCCAGCAGAGGCAACCAGCGCCGCCGUCAGCACUGCUCCUCCCGGGCCAAGAGUCUCAUGUUUGCAGAAUCCUCCAGUAAGCAGGAGGCCACAAGUUCGUCAGAUGAGAGCAAAGUCCCUGCCGUGGAGCAGCUCCUGCGGGAAUCCAGCCUGCCAGGAGACAGCUGGGGUGGCGCUGGGCCCAGAGUGUCCCUGCGUGAGAAGACCCACCGCAGCAAGCGACACAGCUUGGAGGGCGCCGACCACCGGGGAAAGCACAGUGAGCAGAGGCUGGUCCUGGGGGACUUCAUCACUUCAGGGGUGAAGCAAAGCAAGAAGAAGGGUUCCCACCUGCAGGGCAUCACCAGUCCCCCGGCAGACAGCAGGGCCGGGGGCAACAGCUGGUCCCUCCGCCGGCAGGAGUCCCCUCAGGUUCUAGACUUGAGUGACCAGGAGGCCUUCCCUGUUGUGGGCGCCACACCAUCGCCACAGGACCGGCAGUCCAAGCGCAGGAUAAACCCCACCCGCAUCCUGUCGCCUCCCAGCAGCGGCACCAGCACGCAGCACCACAGCAAAGUGAAGUUGUUCGGGGAGGGCAGCAAGGCAGUGUUUGGGGUGCCAUACUGCCAGUCCCCCUGCUCCCCAUUCCUUGCCGGUGAGGGGGCAGGCAGCAGCAGCCUGGAGGAAGAGCGGGAGCUGCUGCGGCUGGAGAGGCUCAAGAGGCAGGGUGGAGGUGGUGUGAAUGGAGGGAAGCCAGAAAAACUUGUGGCCCAGGAGUCUCCACCUAACCAAGUGGUACAAAAGCCUGCAGAGAGGACAGCAGACCACUUCAAAGCCUUACCAGACCUAGUCACAAACCACAGCUGCCUUGAUGCACUGGCUGAAGUAUACGCCAACUUGAUAUUACACAGCUUCGCCCCAAACCUCAUGGUGGAGCUGUACUACACCCUGCAGCUCCUCACAGUGCCAGUGACAGAAGAGGCUGAGGAGAGCAGCAGCAGCCUCCUUGGCACGGCUCACAAUUGUGUGUAUUUUGCCACUGGCGUGCUUCUCAGGGUGGCCAGCCUGCUCAAGCUGCUGGACAGAGGAGCACUGAAGCUUCUGUCUGAGAACCCACGUGUGGCAGCCUUCUCAGAGGAGCUACACAGGCUACUGCUGGAGCACCUGGAGAGGCCGCCCCCCGCCCCCUUCCUCACCCAGGCACCCAAGUCACCCAUCGGUGGUGUCUCCUUCCAGUCCGACACAGACAACCGUAACAACUUCCCCAGUGACCAGGCCUUCCAUCUCUUCAGGAAGCAGCGGGACUCCUUCUAUGAGAUGCUGCGUGUGUGGGAGGAGGGCCACCUCACCCCUGGCUGGAGCUUCAGCCACACCCUGGCCUCCCGCAUCCACUACCUGCUGCAGAUCAGCCCAAGCCCCACCAACCUGGUCCACUUUGCCCGCCUCUUCCAGUCCCAGCUGCUGGCAAUGUGUCGGGGUGAUGACGACCAGUGCCACCCCAACCAGGACCAGGAAGUCCUUGGGGUGCUGACGGUGCUGAGGAGGCAACACCCUGAGAAGUACAAGCGCCUGUAUGAGCGGCUGGUGACGCCGGCACAGCUGGGGGGACCCUGCCCAGCACCCUCCUUCUCCGGCUCUCAAGAGUUCUUCAAGGAUUUCAUCAUUACAGCCGCCAGCUUCACCUUCAACCAGCACCUGAAGGACGUCCUGGUCAGCCAGAUUCUCAUGCUGAGCGAGCAGCAGUUCCUCACCAUGGAGCAGGAGGAGGGCGAUCCCGUAGACAACAUGGUGAGGGAGGAAGCACGCUCGGUGGUGCUCAACCUGCGUCUCCUGGCCAAGUUCCUGGGUUUCCUGGAGUUCCUGCCAUACCAGACCAGUGAACACCUGCAGGAGAAUGUGUUGGCCAGCCAGAUAGCGCUCAGGAGUAAGGUGUGUCCGCCUGUCAGCCUGUGUGGUGCGCUGCGGAGGUGUGCAGCAGCGGGCCAGCUGGUGGUGGGGGUGACGUGGGUGGUGGAGCUGCUCAGCAUGGUGGACCCAGUGGCUCUGCACACCUACCACUACCUGACGGUGGUGAUGGCACUCAGGGAGGUGCUCAGGCUGCUGCAUGUGGCCCGCAGGCCUGAAGGAGGGACAGGGUGUUCUUCAUGUGGGAGAGCCUGUGCAGGGAAGACCUUUGCCCCAUCCAACAGCCUCCUUCUCAAGCUGCUCCUUGGCUGGCUCUUUGACCUGCCCAACUUCCCAGACGGCCUCUUCUUUGUGGAGGUCUCGGAGGCGGACAUUGACCACCAGGAAUACAGUCUUACCCUUUCCACGCUGAACACUCACUACUCCCGCCUGUGUGCUGCAUGCCUCAGCCUGAUGUUGCACACAGUCCCCAGUAAACCUGAAAAGGAGAUCCCACAGCUGUCACAGGAUGCCAUGUCUGUAGGGGAGAUGUCACCCACCAAGAACUGUAACCCUCACCCUCAGGCCCUGGAAGACACCCAGACCUGCACGCCCUCAAAGCACGUCUUGCAAGGUGCAGCCUUCUCCCCGCUUAAGACUCCCUCCAAGGCGCUGGUGAUGAGCAUGGUGGAGACGCCCCAGGUGACUCCCCUCAAGGGCUCUGAUACCCAGGUGGCCACGGAGACAACUCAUACACUGGACGAGGCGCUGUUUGUGGACCACCAGAUGAUCACGCUGUGUUGCCCCUUCGUGAGUGAGCUGAAGAACCUCCUGAGUGACUCUCUGCUGGGGGUGGCCGGCAGCAAUAAGGGAGCCAGUACCUUCCGAAAGAUUACCCCACACUCUGCCUCCGACAAGUCUGUUCACUCCCACCUACAGCUGCAGAUGCAGCUGGAGGACAACUUCUUCCACAACCAGCCCACGUCAGUGCGCAAGACAACGGACUUUGUGGUGGAGCGCGUGUCCUCCAACGUGAUCAAGACGUUGCGGUGCCAGGUGCUCCCCUCACUCAGGGAGGCUGCCAUGGAGAAGCUGAAGGCAGUGAUAGCAGAGCAGUUCCAGAGCACUCCUCAGGGUGGGGAGCGGGUGCGGGACUUGGUGCGGCAGCAAGUGGUGGAGGUGGGGCGGGAGGUGUCUGAGGAGGCCCGCGCCCGCUGUGCCCAGAUCACCCACCAGCACUGCAACGGGGAGGUGGAGCCAGCCCUUGCCCUGCUGCUGCCGCCCGACAUCUCCCCUCAGGGUGUGGAGGUGUGCAGGAAGCUGGUGAGUCGCUGCAGCCGGGAGAAGGUGGCGGCCUGGGUGCAGUCACACCUCACCCCCACACUCUUCUGCAAGGACCUCACUGCUGAUGCUGACCGCCUCAUCCGCCAGGCACAGAAGGCAGCCGACCUGCAGGCGGCAGCACAGCAGACGUCAAGCACCGAUGUGACACCCUCAAACUCGGAGUGUGUGGAGGUGUGCCCUGGUGUGGUGGUGAUGGACGUCUCCACCCCCAGCCACAGCCGCACCCCACAGUCACCCUUGGACCACUCCUUCAGCUCUCCAGUACAUCAGCCAAGGCAGCUUCAGCUUCUGUCUAAGAAAGCCACCACUCCUCCCGAGGGCCUGCCCCUCAAGGCCAAGGAGCACCUGCCUGAGGCUCCUGCUCCCUCCAUGGUCCUCAACACCAUCAAGAGCAUCCUGCGGGAGGUGACGUCCAGCCCUGGAUCUGACUUGUCCGGCCUGGUAACACGGGAGCUGCUGCUGGCCAUCACCGGGGACGUGAGGAGGAGCCUCUCACAGCGGCAGGAUGUGCUGCUGACGGCACAUCGCGCCCUAGAGACCCUCACUGUGGACCUGCUGGUGGUCAUGGCUGUGUGUGUGCCACCACUCAUAACAUCUGAGAUACAGGAGGAAUUUGUGUCCCUGUGGCGGCCUGUGGCUCUGGGGGGAGUGCUGCCUAGCCCCGCCUGCCUGGGUUCCAUCCUCUGCCCCCGCACGGUGAUGCUUGUGGCGCAGAACCCCAAUGUGGCUCACCAGAAACUCUCCUGGAAGAAGAUAGAGGAGCUGAUCUGUCUCCUCUUGACGACUGAGCUGCUCACGCCAGCCACCCUCCUGGACCACUCUGUUGCUCUCCUCAGGCACUCCUGGCCCCAGGAGAUCCUGUCGGGCAUCUCUGUCUGCAUUGAGGGAGUGACCCGCACCGCCCUCAAGCAGAAGGAGUUCCAGGAUGACUCAACCCUGAUGCAAAUGCUGGACUGGGUGGGCUGGGUGUGUGAGCAGAUGGAUGAUCUUGGGGAGGACUUCUAGCUUCCAAGACAAACUUCUGGGGACCUGGGGGAGGACUUCUAGCUUCAGAGACAAACUUCUGGGGACCUGGGGGAGGACUUCUAGCUUCAGAGACAAACUUCUGGGGACCUGGGGGAGGACUUCUAGCUUCAGAGACAAACUUCUGGGGACCUGGGGGAGGACUUCUAGCUUCAGAGACAAACUUCUGGGGACCUGCAGGAGGACUUCUAGCUUCUGAGACAAACUUCUAGGGAUCUGGGGGAGGACUUUUAGGUUCUGAGACAAACUUCUGAGGACCUGGGGGAGGACUUCUAGUUUCUGAGACAAACUUCUGGGGACCUGGGGGAGAACUUUUAGCUUCUGAGAUAAACUUCUGGGUUAGGACAUAAACAUAGUUUCUGCGGUGAACUUCUGGGGACCACUUGGGAAGCUGGGGAAAGCAGAGGUAAAUCAGGGAUGGCAUUACUUACAUGGAGGCAGAUUGAAGUGUUGAGGUAUUGAUGGAAAGAAGAUAUGAUUGGUGUGUCUUUGCCCUUAGUGAGGUAUGAUAGAAGUGGGUUACAGAUCAGGUGAUAGUCUCUAAUAUUCUGUGAUGUCUAUGUGAUUGAGUACAGUUUAUUUUUCUAUACUUUUUCAUCUUUCUGGACCACUUGUUAGUCUUCUACUGCCUUAUGCUUAUACAGUAUUGCCUAGUGUUUCCCCAGGUACCGCAUUGAUUUGUAUGCAGCAGUAGUGGCCUGGUACUUGUGUUGCUGGAAGGGCGUGGGUAGUUCUGUGUGGGACGAAGGCAAUGGCAGCGAGUUGAGUUAAUCAAAUAUCCUUGUAAUGUAAGAGGUAGCGUGACCAAAUGUGAAAUGGUGUAAUCUUGUACUCUUGUGUAUCUUGUGCUCUUGUGUCAGGUUCCAUUGGCUUGCAGCUUUUCUUACAAGUUGUGAAUUAUUUAAGAGUCAGAGGAAUAGACAUAGUGGCUGUUGUUCCUUAUAUUGUUUUCUUGUUAUUAUUUAUUGUUACUGAAGCUCUGCCCUGAUCACAAAUGUCUUAAUCAUUUCUUAUGCUUGUUUUAUUAUUAUUAUUAUUAUUAUUAUUAUUAUUAUUAUUAUUAUUAUUAUUAUUAUUAUUAUUAUUAUUAUUAUUAUUAUCAUUAUUAUUAUUGAUGCUCUGACCACUUGUGUCUUAACUAAUCUGUAAAGUGUUUGUUACUGUGUAUUUUUUUACACUGACCAGAUAUUAUAAUGUGUAGUAUUAUAUAAGUAUAUAAAUUAAUAUAAAUAGUCAUUGUCUGUGUCAUUGUACAAGUAGAAACUUUGUCUCAGUUUGGAGAGUGAUGUAAGAGAGGAAACUGAGAAUGAGAGAGAGGGGGAGAAACAGUUUAUGAGGAUGCUAGACUGUAGGAGGAUGAAUGUAAUUUUGAAUGGGAAGUUAUUUGAGGAGACUGACUGUUUGAAGUACUUAGGGUUGCACAUUGGUGUAUCUUGUGAGUGCAUGAAUGGAGACGUGGCCUCCAGGGCUUCCAUGGGAGGUUCUGCAUCAUGCGUGGCCAGUGGAUUAGGUCAUGUGGGGACAGGACGACUGUAUUAUGAUGCUGUCACUCACUGCUGUGGGGAUUACUGGAUAUGUUGCACAACUGACCCUCACAUUGUGACGUGGCGAGGGUCAGUCCUUUCUUCCUUUGAGGCCCAGAGGCUGAGGUGUGAGGGAAUGCCUGUGAAUGUUAAUGUAUGUAGAUGCCUUGCCUCCACUGCCUUAACUUUGAGGGCAGGAUGUUGGCCUGGUAUAGAUAUCAGUCAUGCUUUAGAAUGCAGUUUAUAUAUAAAUCAGUGGUUUGGGUUACUCUGUGUUCUGUUAGUCAUGAGAAAACCAGAUAAGCUAUGUGUAGUUGUAAGUAAGAUGAGGGUCAGGGUGGAGACUCUUUAGCCUUCUGUUUACUUGAUGCAGGAUGGACCCUGCACCCGUGGCUCUUCGUACAUGAGGGAGCAUAUUAAGAUGCCAGGGAAUAACUUUACCUGAGAAGGUUUUGUUUGUCAGCCUGUGUGAUGAGGCUUAAGUAGUGACAGCUCAAAUCACUUGUAUACAUUGAAGGGAUCUUAGGGAUUAAAUCUUGUUGAAAACAAGCACGCCAAUAUUACCAGGAAGUAUUGAAAUAAUACAAAGCUUUAAGUUGCUUGUGCAUUUAGACUACGGCAGUCAUUCACUUAGGGGAUGUGGUGUGAUGCGAGGGUCACUGGAACUCAGUACUUAGACACCUGAACUGUUACUCGUGUAGAAGAAUAAGCUGUUUGAAAUUGACCUGUCAUUCACUGUCUGUGUCUGGGAUGUCAUUAGAUACUAACUUACUUGUAUAGGAGAUACAUGAACAAAACAAAAAAGUUACAAAGGUAAUGGAUGUUAUUUUAAUUGUUUUCACUGGAAUGACCCUUGAUGUGCCCGGUGGUGACAGGGAUGUCACCAGGUGCAGGGGUCCUGGAUCCAGGGCUGAGUGGUGAGUGAUUGGCUCUGCUGCACUGUGUGACUGGGUCUUCUUCCUUUGUGAGUCUGGAGAGCCAAAGCUGAGAGAGUGGACCUGAGGGUGUCGUUUGGGGGACUGACAUGUGUUGGUCAGUGUGUGCAGGACGACAGGUUUAGUGACGGGGUGCUGUGUGGAGGAUGGAGCAAGGCUGGCGGAAACCUUGUGGCCUUGCUGAGUGUGGGCUUUGUGUGAAUGUGUGUGUGUGUGUGUGUGUGUGUGUGUGUGUGUGUGUAUGUGUGUGUGAGUGCAGAGUGGUGGAGGGAUUCAUUCCAGUCAGUAUUCUCAAUGUAGUCAUAUCAUGUUCCAAAUGGUUUUAUUUAUUGAUUGAUUAUAUACAUUUUAUGUAAAUUAUGCAAUGCUGCAA